AUGCUGGAUCGGACGAUGAGCGCCAACAAGCUGUGCGGUAACGUGGCUCAGACGCAUUUUACAAUCCAAACGGCAGUCGCCUACCUGGCGUCUCUGUUGUUCAAACGAAAACAAUCGCUGAUCGUUUACGGAGCAGCCGAAAGGAAAAACGACUAUUACAACUAUUUCGUUAGCUUGGGUGUGCAGAACUGCAAAUUGCUCACCGAAGAUUUCCUUCAGUCAAGCUCCAACAAUCAGUUAUCAUUGGAUAUCGUGUCCAUUUUGGCUACACCGCCAAACACAAAUACUGGGGUCACGGACCCCGUUCAAUUGGUAUGUUCAAAAGGUGGAGAUCUAACGUUGCUCAGAGCUGUGGCGUCGUUGGACUACACCGAAGAGUCGUCGGACAUACCUUGCAUGUUGGACCAGAGAGACACUCUGCGGAUGGCCAUGUCUAAACCUCAGGUGCAAAUCGUAGUGUACGAAACGCAUUCCCGGUUGGAGCUGGAAAACGGCGGCAUGGUCAAGGCGGUGGUGGAAGAGAUGAACGGAUGGGCGUACGAGAAGCACAACAUGGACAGUUAUUUAUCGGUGAGCGCCGACGAUACCAACAAAUUCAACACUUCGGUUGAGACACCCUGGAGACCGGCAGUUUUCCAUCCGGUUGAGAUUCCCGACAAGGAUAGGUUUGAGACGAAGAUACUGUAUCCGGAUAAGACAAUUGAGAAUAUGGAAAAGAACCAUGUUACUGGAAGUCUUUAUUUAGCCGCCGUCAAAAGAGUGGAAUUGAUGACUUUCGACGCGAACCAUUUGAUAAGAAUGGCUGAGCAAAGAGGACUGUUCGGCAAGCCCGUGAAGGGACGUAAACAGAAGAUUCCCAGUCCCAUUAUAUUGUUGUCUCUGACCAAUAGCGACGAACCCAGAGUAAUGUUGAAAUUUGAGCAAAUGCACGUUUUGGUGCCAACGCACUCAUUUCUACAACGUUGUGCCAACAAAACAUUACUAUGUCCUCGUUUUGGUAAACCGUAUGACAAGACUUCCAUAGCGACCCGCUGGUGGAGGAUAAGCAUACACCAUGUAAUCAAAGCAUUGAGGAAGCCUUUUUUUGUAUGGACUAAAGUGAAAAUGGUUAGAUUUGGAAAACGUACAAAUAGAAUACCACUGAAAUUGAAAAAAGUAACUACAUCUUUUAAACCGCAAAAAACAAAACGGAUUUAUUCAUAUAUAUGCUUGUGACGUAUAGUAUAAUUAAUUUA